GAUUCAAAAAAUGCUCGCACGACUGAAGAAUCGGCCCGAAAAGGGGAAAAACUCGUACAGUGUACGCCCGGCUUAAAUGAGCUGAAAGAAAGAGAGUUUUUUGUGGUCAACGCUCUCAACCAGGCAGAUGUCGAAGACCCAUCCACGACAACAGCUGCUGUUCCCCCAGCCUCUGCUGUUUCUGAAACAGCUGGUGGUGUCUCACCACAAGAGCUGGUGGAUAGCAGCUCUGAAGCCAGCUCCACUGAUACAAAUGACCAAACUUGGCAAAAAGUUCCAGCGCGGUGGACCAACACUGUCCGGGUCCAAAUGACAAAUAUGGGUUUGUAUCAAAAGUUCCCGGCAGAAGAACCCAUACUGUCUGACUUCAAGAACUACUUGAUCAAUUCCCUGCAAGUUCCUAACUGCCAGCAGGAGGUGGACAACGUAUCCAGGAUGCUGAGAUACAUUCAGCCAAGUGGGGAUAAAGUCAGCUUGGACUUCCUGCUGAAGCACACUGAGACCAGGGACUAUCUAACCCAACUCCGGCGUGCUAAAAUGGGCCCAGCCACCAUCUUGAACUACAUCAAAAACAUGAUCCGGUUUAUUCAGUAUUUGAAGACUCACCUCGACCUGGCUGCAGCAGAUGGUCAGUUCUAUAAGAAGUGCCAAUCCUACAUCGACUUCCUGGUUACCCUCAGAAAGCCAGUGGCCAAGGACCUCAGCAAGCUCACCACUAAAACAAGGUUUUACCAGCACGUGGAUGGUCUGAAGAGCCUUCACGAGUGCCAGGCAGUCCUACGGAUGGCCAAGAAGGACAUACUGACCAUUUAUGGAAAGCUGAUGGAUGGUGACCAGGUGGCUUCCGAUGAAAAGACAAUUUUUAGAUAUUAUUGCGAAGCAAUCCUGAUUCUUGGUCACUUUCAGAGGCCAGGGAUGGUAGAGGGAAUCCAGACAAACGAAUGGGAGAAGAGAAAGAAUGCUGGGGGCAAGGUGUGCUUGGCAGUCACAGAGCACAAGACUGCGACAAUGCAGAUCGCUGUGUGUGCCCUAACGAUGGAGGAAGCUGCAAUGGUGGACGCAUAUUACACCUGGAUUCGUCCUCACUACAUCCGCCCAGAUGUUGACAAUCAAAACAGGCUGUUUGUAUCGUCAACAGGAAAACGAAUUCGGAGUGCAGGCUAUGACGUAACUCGUUUGCAAACACAGUAAGUCUUGACAGCAGUGCAAAAAAGGAGUGAAUAAAUGAAUAGCAAAUAUUAAUUCAGGUCAGGUUUAGAUCCCACAUGUAUGUGCUAAGUAUCUUAUUUUAUAUACUGUUUAUGUUUUUACAUACAUAUCCUGUUUUCUUUAUUCAUUUAAACUGUAUUUUUUUUUUGAGACUGAGGAGGGUUACUUCAUCACAGACUCAUAACCAGUCUCUGAUGUAUCGUAUAGGUGCUAGUACAGUUAGUUUUAGAUCUCACUGUUUUGUGCUCCGAUAUUAAAUAUCUCUUGUGUGUGAGCCCUUAUAAAACACAGGUAGAACUCUUGUGACGAAGCUGGCCCACCUCAACAAAAAAUUAGCUUUGUAGCUAUAAUCCGGCAUAUUUACAUUUGUUUUUAUACUGAUGUUCAUUAAUGUGCAUUGUCCCUAUUCAAAUAAAUAAAUAAAACACAGUUUUGUGUUUAGUUGAAGUUAGCUCAUGACCUGAUUUAAAGCAUGUUGAAUGCAAACUGAGGUGUGCAUGUAGAGAUACGCAAAUGCAUCCCUACCCACCUCCUACCUCUAGGUUAAGUCAGGAAUGUGCCUUGAUACCAAUUCAAAUUAGCCACAGGUCUAAACAUCCAACAGUAGACAGAUGGAUGUUUAUCUGGAAUGUCACUUCUUCAUUUGAAAUUGUGUUUGUUUGAAAUUGUAGUAGGCUUGAGCCACGAAGCCUUAGUGCUCAGGAAGGUUUAAAUACACUGACAACAGGUCUGUGAUGCAUUUAGGGCAUGCAGUCUCUGUGUGUGUGAUUCCUUGUAAAAUCCAGGUAGAACUGAAGUCACAAAACCAGUUCUGUCUGUUAGAAGUGAAAUCGUCAACUGACUGAAAGGAAGCUCAAGUCCACAUGCAGUCAUAUGCAAAUGCCCCAUUCCAACUCUUCCAGCUCAAUCGGGUGAGCUGUGUCUGCAGGCACCUCUCUGCAGUCACAGCUAAACCCCCUACAUACACAUGCAAAUUUGCCCAAGCUCUUCAACUCCAACAGCACACACAUAGGUCAAUGUUUAGGUGAAAUGCAAUUUCUUAAUUUGAAAUAAUGUGAUUUCCUUCAAAAAGGUAUGUGCAGCUAACUGCAUGGUCAGUCCAAUGGGAACCACAAAAAGGCAUUGCUGUGUUCAGACAUCCUCUCCAGUUCAAAGUGCCUAGUCACAUGCUUUUUGAGGAUCAAAUUUUGGAUCACACACACAGACAAUCAUUUCAUAAGAAACAUGACAGCAGUUGCUAGUAAAUCAAACAUUAA